AUGGCAGUAUACAUCUCUGAGAGAAAGAAGAGGAGAUUACUGGCAUUGGCCGCUGAAAAGGAGAACGAUGGUGACUUUUUGGCAGCAGAUCUGAACCCACUAACGGGUCCGAUAAAAGGAUUAUCUUCACCAUCUCUUUCAUCAACGCCGUUAUCUCUCACUAGCUCUUCUCCACCACGACCUGGAGGUUUACAGCGUGAAGGUUUACAGUUGAUGUCUCCACCUCCAUCCUCGCCAUUGCGUUCGUUGUCGAAUAGUAAAUUGAACGAAAAAGCUAAUAGAAAUGACGAGAAACAGACACCCGAGACAAGGAGUUCGAAGAAUAGGACACGUUCAGACCCGUUUGCAGACUUAAUCUCUUUAGAAUGUGGGGAAGUUACUCAAUCUAGUGGAACGAGUAGCGACAAAAUCCAUCAUACUAUUUCCAGCAGUACAAAUGGGACCAGUCAAAAGAAUACAAUUCUGUCAAUGUUUUCGGCCAAAAAGCAAUCUACCAAAAUUUCUAUUCAUACUGAUGCGAAUGAGAAUGCCGUGUUGGAACCGAUAAAACCAACUCCCCUGAAACCUGUCAAAUCCCUCAUUCAAGCACAGCUCUUGGUCGGUGUAGAGUCUCAAAAAACAUGCCCUUUAUGUGGCAUGUCUUAUUCACCAGUACUAAAAGAAGAUGUCAAAUCACACGACAAGCUUCAUGGUCGUUAUUUGAGAGGUAGACCUUGGCCAAAGUCGUAUGGAAAACGUAUUCCAUAUAAUCAUGACUUUAUUACUACAUCGCAUUCUGAAUAUAUCGUCAAAAUAGACGCCAGCUCCAAACCUUCGGAAAAAGCAGCAGUUCAAGAUAUUCUCGAUCUUGUCAAUUCAGAACUGAAUGCCCCGCCUGAAAAUCCUUAUUGGCGAACUCGAUCUGAGCAAGGUGCUGCUUUUGUUUAUGUGAAAGACAAGCGAGCCACGUCUCUGCUAAUUGUAGAACGUAUCACCCAGGCUUACGUCAUGGAUGCCGCUACUGGCCAGCUAACCGACAAAAUUCAACCAGCAAUCAUUGGUGUCUCGCGUAUAUUCACAGUGAAAGAGUGCCGUUCUCUUAAUAUGGCCUCGAAGCUACUUGAUUCCUGUCUAUCGAACUUUAUAUACGCACUUUCAGUUCCUAAAAACCGUGUUGCCUGGAGCCAACCCACAGCAUCUGGACUCAAGCUGGCUCAACGCUGGACUCAGUUUGACCCAACCUAUAAAACUGCCCUCGUCUAUCUUGAAGAGGGAUCGUGA